AUGGUGGUCGACCGCUCUGCCACGACUGGCAGCGGGUCCAAGGAUGCACUGCCACCAGACACGACAAUUGUCACAUCUGUUCAGGGUGUGGCCAGAACACACAUGGCGCUCAGCAAUGUCCUCGAGCAGAGAAAGCAUAGAGCACUUACACCGUACAAUGCAAAUGCGUGGGAGAGUCAACUAUGCACAGCAGGACUUCUCGGACGAUACAAGAACCUACCGGACGGGUUACGAGUUGGUUUCAGGAUCAACAUUCCUCAAAUCACUCGUACUCAAGACCCUCCAAAUAAGGAAUCGAUCGUCACAUUUGCUCCGGAGUUCCUUAAGAUCGUUAAUGCCGAGAUCGCCAAAGGCAGGUACAUUGGACCAUUCUCCCGUACAGAUCUUGAGCACCUCAUUGGACCCUUCCAAUCAUCGCCCUUAUCCAUCAUCCCAAAGCCUGGCCGGCCUGGCCGGUUUCGCAUUGUACAGAAUUACUCAUUCCCUCACACGCCAUCCCUUCGUUUUCCCAAUCCGUCCAUUAACUCCACCAUUGACUCAGAUCUAUUUCCAAGCACUUGGGGAACCUUUAAUGCUAUAUGCCUACUCAUUCGUCGUCUACCGCCGGGCUCUCAGGCUGCAAUGUGA